AUGAGUGCCGGAUUCAUCGCCGUCGCUGGCGCCUCAGGUGCGCUCGGCAAACUCAUCGUCCAAGCUCUGCUCUCACGUAGCGUCGCCGUCAAGGCCUUGGUACGCCCAAACACCGACCCAUCGCGCACAGAGGGCCUCGCCAAAGCUGGCGCGACCAUCAAGCCCGUGGACAUGAGCAACGUCGACGCUCUGACGCACGAACUCCAGGGCGCUACCUGUGUCAUCUCAUCGCUCCUGGGGUUGCGAGACGCCAUGAUUGACGCGCAGGGCAGACUCCUCGACGCAGCCGUGGCCGCGCAGGUGCCGCGCUUCAUCCCCUCUGACUUCUCCCUCGACUUCACAAAGACAGAACCCGGCUCGAACCGGAAUCUGGACCUUCAUCGCGAGUUCCACGCCAAGCUCGAGGCAUCGGGCAUCGCCUGGACGAGUAUCCUCAACGGAUGCUUCAUGGAGGUCCUGGUAGGCGACAGCCCCAUGGUCAACCACGAGACGCGCAAGGUCACGUACGUCGGCCAGCCGACGCAGGCGCUGGACUUUACCCCAAUGGUGGACGUGGCGGCCUACACUGCCGCUGUCGCCACCGAUCCGUCACCCACACCACGCUGUCUGCGCAUCGCUAGCGCCGUCGUCAGCGUGCAGGACAUUGUCGACACGGAGACACGCGUGACGGGGCAGACCUACGCGGCCAAGUGGAUGGGCACGGUGGGCACCACAAAGCUCCUGAUCAAGGCAAUGCGCGCUUUUGGCAGCGAAGAUGAGGUGUUUCCGUCAUGGCAGGGCAUGCAGUAUAUGGAGAACAUGAUGUCUGGGGCUGGGAAGCUCGAUCUCCUCGACAAUGAUCGAUACCCGGGGUUGAAAUGGACGCGAUUAGAGGACUUUCUGCGGGAGCAUAGCCCUCAAGCGGAGAAGAUCGUGUCGCCGUACAAGAUCGACGGCCAGGAUGUCCAGGUGAUCACGCAGGGCGACUUUGACUCGGACGCGGUCACCUUUGCGAUUCACUCAUCUCCCCUCGAGACACGGGAGCUCGCUCGCACUUCUCCCCUCAAAGGAUCGUCCCCAAUCGCAUACUGGCGCUGCGGCCUCAACACAGCCAUACAGUGGAAGGAAACCCUCGGCCGAGAAAUUCCUGGAGACUGGACUACCGUCGCCGAGAAACUGGCGCCGCCACCCCAAGUCGACGACCUCUACGCCGUCUACCUGGGCGACAACGCCACCUGGUGGGACGACCCCAAGCUCAACGGCGACCCGCGCAGCCUCCUCAUGAGGACGGGCUUCAUCCCCGACACCGUCGCCAUGGAAUUUGCCACGGCUGUCCAGACGGCUGGCAAGGUGGCCGGGGUCUGGACAGAAGACAAGAUCCGCGGAUGGGCAAGGCCGAUCCUGGCGAUCAACUCGGCCAAGGUCGGGGACCCGGACAGCGCCAUCUACCACUUUGACAGCCUACGACUACUGGACGUUUGA